CUGGAGCCAUCGCUAAUUCUCAUUUCCCUCUCUUCGGCUUUUUUGCUUUUAACUACUCUACAGAAGAAUUUCUCAAUCCAAAACUGUCUAGGGUUUUUCCUUCUCUCGAUCCUUCGUAAAACUCUCGAUUUUCUUCGAGCAUUGUCCUUCCUCUAGGGCUUCCUGAAGAACAGUAGCCGCCAUGUCGUUGAGACCAAGUACCAGAACCGAGGUCCGCCGUAACAGGUACAAGGUGGCGGUAGACGCGGAGGAAGGGCGCCGUAGAAGAGAAGACAACAUGGUGGAGAUCCGGAAAAGCAAGCGCGAAGAGAGUUUACAAAAGAAGCGCCGCGAAGGCCUCCAAGCUCAGCAGUUCGCUGCUUCUCUUCAGUCCUCUAACGCCGAAAAGAAAUUGGAGAGUCUUCCGUCGCUGGUUGCCGGCGUUUGGUCUGAUAACGGCACAGCCCAGCUGGAGGCGACGACUCAGUUCCGAAAACUGCUCUCAAUUGAGCGGAGUCCCCCAAUUGAGGAAGUGAUACAAUCCGGUGUCGUUCCACGCUUUGUCGAGUUUCUCACGAGGGAAGAUUUUCCACAGCUUCAGUUUGAGGCUGCUUGGGCACUUACAAAUAUUGCCUCUGGAACCUCGGAGAAUACAAAGGUAGUUAUUGAUAACGGGGCUGUUCCAAUUUUUGUAAAGCUUCUUGGUUCCCCAAGUGAUGAUGUUCGUGAACAGGCCGUGUGGGCAUUGGGGAAUGUUGCUGGUGAUUCCCCUAGAUGUCGUGAUUUUGUUCUCAGUCAUGGAGCUUUGAUGCCGCUUUUAGCACGAUUGAAUGAACAUGCUAAGCUGUCAAUGCUGAGAAAUGCCACUUGGACAUUAUCAAAUUUCUGCAGGGGCAAGCCACAGCCUCCUUUUGAUCAGGUGAGGCCGGCUCUUCCUGCGCUUGAACGUCUUGUUCAUUCAAAUGAUGAAGAAGUUCUGACUGAUGCCUGUUGGGCUCUCUCAUAUCUGUCUGAUGGUACAAAUGACAAAAUUCAAGCUGUGAUUGAGGCAGGAGUUUGCCCACGACUCGUUGAGCUCUUGCUCAGUAAUCCGUCUCCUUCAGUGCUGAUCCCUGCUCUCCGUACGGUUGGAAAUAUUGUGACAGGAGAUGAUUUACAGACUCAGUGCAUUAUUGACCAUGGUGCAUUAGCAUGCCUUCUGAGCCUGUUGACCCAUAAUCAUAAAAAGAGCAUAAAAAAAGAAGCUUGCUGGACUAUCUCAAAUAUUACAGCGGGAAACAAGGAACAGAUUCAGGCUGUGAUCAAUGCCGGGAUAAUUGAGCCCCUGGUCAACCUACUUCAAAAUGCUGAAUUUGAUAUAAAGAAAGAAGCAGCAUGGGCAAUUUCAAAUGCUACUUCUGGUGGCGCUCAUCAGCAAAUCAAGUAUCUGAUUAGUCAGGAAUGCAUAAAACCUUUGUGUGAUCUCCUUACAUGCCCUGAUCCAAGAAUUAUAACUGUCUGUCUAGAAGGGUUGGAAAAUAUUUUGAAGGUAGGUGAAGCUGAGAAGGUUGCAGGUGUUGGAGACUUUAACUUUUGCGCCCGAAUGAUAGAAGAUGCUGAGGGAUUAGAAAAGAUUGAAAAUCUACAGAGUCAUGAUAAUAAUGAGAUCUAUGAGAAGGCAGUCAAGAUUCUUGAGACUUACUGGUUGGAGGAGGAGGAGGAGGAGGAGACACUACCUCCUGGUGAUGGUACUCAGCAAAGUUUCCAGUUUGGAGCUAAUGGGCUUCAGGUUCCAUCUGGUGGAUUUAACUUCAGCUGAAGGGCUUUAUAGCUGGUUGGAUAGAACAAGCAGUUUGCUGGAGUUAUGACUGAUACUUGGGGUCAAAGUUUGGUCAGGGCACAUUGACGUGUCUAGUUAUAGUCUGUCCAGUGUCCACUGUGGUCAAGGAGGUACUCUGUCAGGUCUAUCAAUACCGCGUUUCUGAACAUAGAGGGGGUGAGUACCAUUGCGACCGGACGAGUUGUCUGCAAUAUAUUUCGCUUGUCUUGUACCAAGAAAUUACAUGUCAAAUGGUACAAUGCAAAUGCCAUGGGAGGUGUCCCUUUGGGUUUUGUCAUAGUAUAAACGGGGCGGUUUCACUUGAAUGGGAAUGAUACUGGUAGGGGGUAACCGAGCUGAGGUAGUCACCUUGUGUUUGUUUUGAGUCAUGAUUUUUUUCUUUUCAGUUUUUGGAUGGUUGGUAUUGCUGUCUAAUGAUGUGAAUAGUGUUGGUUAUUGAGUAUCGAUAAACCUCAUUCUGUGGUCUACUGCGAGAAGAAAAGAAAGAAAUUACCAGCA